UAAUCGUAAACUCAUGCAGUGUACCUGUAUACGUGCCUAUGAACAACCAGUACAGAAUUGCAUCACGUAAUUUGACCCAUUACAACAAGAUUCGAAUAAUUUUAAUUUGAGGACAAUCUGGCAGAGGUUUCUCGGGACGAAACGUUAUCAAUUACGGAAUGGCAGCAGUAAGCGUAACGGAACCGCUUUGUCAACCUUGUACAUAUGUUGCAAAAUUCAAAGUGGAGGUUUACGUGAAGAAACCUCUAAUGCCUGUUCACCUGAGCAGCAAACAGGUCGGGAUGGAGAUGCUAUGCCUCUGUAGCCAGCUUGACCUCCUCAUCAGGGCGCAGGUGCAUCAGUUCCAAGAACAGCUCAAACAGGACACCAGUCCAGAGGAGUCAGAUUCUUUCCAAAGGCUAGGCGCCGAGAUUAUAGACCGGAUGUACCUUUGCUUGGACCACCUGCCUAAACCAUUGCCACAGCUGGAAGGAAAUAUGUCGGGUGUGGCGUUUUCUGCCCAGGACUAUUUAGAUGCUGUGGGAUUGUCUGCCAUGUUCCCACGUGUGGAAGUAUUCCUGAUACAAGGCAGCCCAGUGGAUAUGCUGGAAACCCCAGCCAUGGAUGACUACUUUCCUCACAUUGGUAAGCUGAACCAGCUGCUGGUUCUCAGCCAGCAGCUCGAGGACGACGUGAGACAUCUGGGCAGCCACAAGUACAUCGCCUAUCAGCUGGCCGUCAUAUACCAAGUCCUCAGCUCUCUCAAAGGCAUCCUGUCCCUGUCCGUCCUGAAAAGGGACAUUGAAGCCAACUUCAAACAGCUGAAAAUGUCCCUGGCGACAGAGGAAGGGUCUAAGACGGAGCCCCAGUUACCUGCACACUACGUCAGCUGGAUACUGGAUAUGACCCGCAGCGUCACAUCCUCAGUUUCGUCACUGCCGGAGGAGCUGACCGAAGACCUCGGCCCUGCCAUGGCCUUCGUCUCCAGCCUCACAUGACGCCUGCACCGUCUCUCCUGCAGGCUCCCUGAGGGCUGGGCGCGGCCGGCUAUCCGGACCACAUUCUGCCACCGGGACACACGGAAAUGUGGUCCUCCGGACAGGUCGUUCUGCUGCUUCUCAUUCCUCCCCCUCUAAUCAGGACCGACUCGAUCCCGGGACACCAUGGGCCUGUUCCACAGAGCAGGGUUACAGGAGUUAGCUGGAUAACUGCACUGAGUCAAACCCACAAAGAAGGAUUACUGGAGUUAGCUGGAUAACUGCACUGAGUAAAACCCACAGAGCAAGAUUACUGGAGUUAGCUGGAUAACUGCACUGAGUAAAACCCACAGAGCAGGAUUACUGGAGUUAGCUGGAUAACUGCACUGAGUAAAACCCACAAAGCAGGAUUACUGGAGUUAGCUGGAUAACUGCACUGAGUAAAACCCACAGAGCAAGAUUACUGGAGUUAGCUGGAUAACUGCACUGAGUAAAACCCACAGAGCAGGAUUACGGAGUUAGCUGGAUAACUGCACUGAGUAAAACCCACAAAGCAGGAUUACAGGAGUUAGCUGGAUAACUGCACCGAGUAAAACCCACAAAGCAGGAUUUCUGAGUUAGCUGGAUAACUGCACUGAGUAAAACCCACAGAGCAGGAUUACUGGAGUUAGCUGGAUAACUGCACUGAGUAACACCCACAGAGCAAGAUUACUGGAGUUAGCUGGAUAACUGCACUGCGUAAAACCCACAAAGCAGGAUUACUGGAGUUAGCUGGAUAACUCCACUGAGUAAAACCCACAAAGCAGGAUGACUGGAGUUAGCUGGAUAAUUGCACUGAGUAACACCCACAAAGCAGGAUGACUGGAGUUAGCUGGAUAACUGCACUGAGUAACACCCACAGAGCAGGAUUACUGGGUUAGCUGGAUAACUGCACUGAGUCAAACCCACAAAGCAGGAUUACAGGAGUUAGCUGGAUAACUGCACCGAGUAAAACCCACAAAGCAGUAUUUCUGAGUUAGCUGGAUAACUGCAGUGAGUAAAACCCACAGAGCAGGAUUACUGAGUUAGCUGGAUAACUGCAGUGAGUAAAACCCACAGAUCAGGAUUACUGGGUUAGCUGGAUAACUGCACUGGGCAAAUCCAGCAACAGCAUUAUUUACUUCAGUCCGUGUAAAUGAUUUGGAAGGGGUUGGGGAUUUUACUCAGUGCAGUUA